GAAUUUAAAUACUGAAUGGUCAAAUUUUCCAUUAAUGUCAAUUUAUGCCUGUUUUCACAGAAAUACAAGAAGCCCAAAUUCAUCCAGUGCUUUGUGUUCAGUGGGACGGGGGACGUCCUGACUGGGGACUCGGAGGGGAAUAUUCUGACAUGGGGCAAGUCUGCCGCAGACAUCAAGACGUUGGGAAAAGGGGCCAAAGAAACAUAUCAGAUCAUGAGGCAGACGCGAGCUCACGAAGGCAGCGUCUUUACCCUCUGCGUCCUGCAGGGCGGCGGCAUUCUCAGCGGUGGGGGGAAAGACAGGAGGGUCAUCCGCUGGAGCGUGGACCUCGCGCCUGAGAGAGAGUGCGAGAUCCCAGAGAAAUUUGGGGCAGUGCGUACCAUCGCAGACGUGGAUGGAGAGGAGCUGUUAGUGGGCACGACCCGGAACGCUAUCCUGAGAGGCACGUUGUCGGACGGCUUUGUGGCCAUUGUACAGGGUCACGUGGAUGAGCUCUGGGGGCUGGCCACCCACCCAUCCAGCAACCAGUUCCUGACCUGCGGACACGACCGGCAGGUGUGUCUUUGGAACGGGGAGGAGCACACGCUGGACUGGUGCACCACACUGGAGGAGUUGGGCCUGUGUGCCGAUUUCUGCCCCACUGGUGGUGUGGUCUCAGUGGGCCUCAAUACGGGCAGGUGGGUGGUCCUGGACCUGCAGACCAGGGAGUCGGUAUGGGAGUACACCGACGGCAACGAGCAGCUUUCUGUCAUGAGGUACUCGCCAGACGGAAGCUUCCUGGCUGUGGGUUCCCAUGACAACUUCAUCUACAUCUACAGUGUCACAGACAGCGGUCGUCGCUAUACUCGCUUUGGAAAAUGCACAGGUCAUUCCAGCUUCAUCACUCACCUCGACUGGUCUAAAGACGGAAAAUACAUCAUGUCCAACUCGGGCGACUAUGAGAUACUUUACUGGGACGUGGCUGGUGGCUGCAAGCUGCUGAGGAACCGCUUCGAGAGCAAAGACCGCGAGUGGGCGUCCUACACCUGCGUGCUGGGCUUCCACGUCAUGGGCGUGUGGCUCGAGGGCUCGGACGGCACAGACAUCAACGCCCUCUGCCGCUCACACAGCGAGAGGAUGGUGGCCGUCGCUGACGACUUCUGCAAGGUCCAUCUCUUCCAGUACCCCUGCCCCAAACCCAAGGCUCCCAGUCACAAGUACGAGGGCCACGGGAGUCAUGUGACCAACGUCUGUUUCACACAUAAUGACAGUCACCUGAUCUCCCUCGGGGGGAAGGAUACGUGUGUCCUGCAGUGGCGUAUCAUCCCGGGGGGGCAGAGCAACUCGCUGGACCGCAGCACCUCAGCGUCCUCCACCUCCAUCAGCUCCCAGGAGCCCGGCAUGUAAACGAGAGAGAGGAGAGACGGAGGGCAGGGGGGGCUUCUCUGCCUGUGUUUGUGCCUGUGUGUGUUUGUGUAUGUAUGUUGGGCCUCAGGAGGUGCUAACUGGACAGUAAAAAGGUAGUAAGCGGGAUGGACAAUGAGGAGUUCAUGGGGAGGAGUUCAUGAGGAGGACUUCAUGGGCUCUGAAGUGUGGAUAACAAACAUGAAAAGGAAGAUAGGAGGAUGAGAGAAACAAAGGAAUACAGACGGCUACCAAGUGCCUUAACUAUCCAGAGUGGAAGGAGGGAGCGCAGCCGACACUGGGACCCGGGUGCUUUUACGUCAAAGGAGAUUCAGCUCUCCGGAGAGACAUAAGAAGGUUUUCUUGUUCCUUGGUAUAAAAAGGUGGAGGUGGUGUAUGCUGACCCAGCGACCAGUCGGCUCUCACGUUUCCGAACGGCUUUUAUUUCUCUUUUCUUUUUCUUACUCCUCACGGUUCAUCUAGGACCACCCCACUGCUAACACUUGAAACCAUUUUCCAGCCAUGGUGUGGAUGGCCUGACGGAUUGUGACGGACUUCCGUGGGCAGAGACUCUGAGCACUUUUCCAGUACAGUCGACUUCCAAGACCAAAGUUUAAGACAAAAUUCGAAACACAAUGAACAUUCAUUGAAUCUUGCUUUCACUUCUCUGCUCCUCCCUUGAUCUGAUCCAGUUUUCAUAUUAUCAUGCGGCUUUGAAUCCUUCGUGCGGUCGUUGUUAAUGAAAACGCUCCGAAUGAGCUUCAUUAAUGGAAACUAUAAGAUGUUCUUCUCUGUUAAAUGUAAGUUUGCAUCAUGUCUUACUUCCCUAACCGCAGAUGUGAUCCAAGGACACAGCUUUGGUUUGAACAUUGGGGGGGUUGAGGUGUCCACCUCAUAUAGGGGGAGAUGUGAUUAAUGGGGGGGUUCUAUUACCUGGUUUUGAUUAUUGGGAGGGUCAACCCCCCCCCCAUAAUUUAUGCCUGCGAUGUGGUGCUUAUUUCAGAAUGGUUUGUACUCCCAUUGUACUCACACGCCUCUCCUGGGAUGUGUUCUGGGGGAUGCAAGGCUCGGAUGAUUCCUUGCCCAUCUUUUUCCCGUUCGGAAAGCAAAAUCAGCCACAUUAAAAGUGACAUUUUUAUUUUCUUAGCUGAUAAUAUACCAAAGUGACUUUUUCUGCAGAGUAACUGCUUUUUGUUACAUACUAACAUUUAUUUUCCACAGUCCUGUAUGAAAUGUGAGUCUUCGUUUUAUUUUAAUAAAAAGGCAAAUGUGAUGAUAUUUUUGGAAAGGCUUUUAUUACGUUACACUUACCUUGAUGGGCAAAACUAUAUUAUUAUACUCAAGAAUAAACAAAUGUCUGUA